UUUUGUAUUCUUUUCUGCUGGGUUUGUUCCUCUUUGGUGAAACUACCUUUGGAGAUCUUAAUUCAGAUGAGCAGAACUACCAGUUACAUGGACAGCAGAAACCGCACACUUCACCCAGACUUCAUUCUCCUAGGUUUGUCCUCCGAUCCAGAACAGCGAAAGUUCCUCUUUGUCAUCUUCUUGGUGAUGUAUACAGUGGGUAUCCUGGGGAACUUCUUGAUUAUCCUGCUGAUCCUUCGGAAUUCCCAGCUACGUGCCCCCAUGUAUUUCUUUUUGGGACAUCUUUCCUUGGUGGAUGCUUGCUUCACCUCAGUCACUGUCCCCAAGAUGUUAGUCAACCUCCUGGUGCCAGAAGCCACAACCAUCUCUUACACUGGUUGCUUGACUCAAAUGUAUUUCUUCUUUGCCUUUGGGGUCACUGACAGUUUCCUCCUGGCUUCCAUGGCUUAUGAUCGCUAUGUGGCUAUCCGUAACCCUCUACAUUAUACCACUAUGAUGAGCAAGAGAGUCAGAGUCUUUGUAGCCAUUUCUUGGAUUAUCUCACAUCUUCACUCCCUGCUACACAUUAUUCUCAUGUCUCGCCUUUCCUUCUGUGGUUCCCGGGAGAUUCCCCACUUCUUCUGUGACCACCAACCUGUGCUGGCCCUAUCUUGCACUGAUACAAGCUUAAUUGAAAUGUUGAUUUUCACCGAAGGGUCCUUGGUGGUAUUGAGUCCUUUUGUCUUCAUUGUGAUUUCCUAUGCCCUUAUCUUGGUCACUGUCUUGAGGCUGCCAGCAGGAACUGGGUGGCGCAAGGCAUUCUCAACCUGUGGGGCUCACUUGUCUGUUGUCAUUCUCUUUUAUGGCACAGUAAUUGGGGUCUACUUUCAGCCUACAGCAAAAUAUUCAGCUGAAAAGGGAAGGGUUACCACUGUCAUGUAUACUGUUGUCAUUCCCAUGCUCAAUCCCUUUAUAUAUAGCCUGCGGAAUGAUGAUGUUAAAGGAGCCUUUCGCAGAACUUUGUGCAGGAAAGUGGGAAUGUAGAGAGUCCUUUUCCUGCAAUGUAUUGUGCUGAAUGUUAAACCAUAAGUGUUGAGUCCUCUAAUCAAUGGCGAAUGAAUACAGCACAUUCUGUAGUUCCAA